CAAUCUCCUUAUCUGAUGACUGACGGAUGCUCAAAGAAUUCUUCGUUUCAGGGAAGGAAGGGCUCUGUUCUCUUUUAAUAUUUGAAACCCUAGAAGAACCCAUCGCUAUCUGCCACAUCAAAUGGAACAACCGCCACUCCCAAAUACUAAUCCCCAAGCCCCAUCCAAGGAUUACAACAAACCUCCCAAGAAGAAGCCACCAACCCCUCAAGAACUCAUUUCCCACUACCAAACUCAAGGCCUGGACUCCCAAGAAGCGUCUGUCAAGGUCAUUGAGGAUCUCCAGAAUGUGCUCUUUAGGGUUAUCUCCUCUAACAAUAAGAACAGGAAGGACAAGCUCGUUUCUGAGACAUCAAGAAAGGUUGAUAUGGUCAACAACAGACUCGCUGUUCUUGAUAUGAAGUUGGAUUCCAAGCCUGGGUAUGUGGAGACUUUCGCUAUUGGGCUUGCUUCUGGGGCUGCUUUUAGAGGGAUCGAAAGUGUCUGGCCUCAUGUUUUGGGGGGUGUUGGCCAGAUUUGGAAUGCUGUCACUAGUGCCACUAAACCUCCUCCUUGAUUGAACGAGGGAAACGCAAUUUGGGGGUUUUGAAUUGUUGACAUUUGGGGGGAUUAUGUGUGUUCAAUGGUAAUCUUGGAAGAUUUUGAUUGGAGUUAUUGUACUAGUUUGUCACGUUCAGUGAAGAAUGUUCUACCUAGAUUGAAAACUUUUAAUUUUUAGCAGUGUACACAAUCUUCUCCCUUGGGAAUAAUCGUGUUGAAUGUUAGUUAUUUUUUGGUGAAUGGGAAGAAACAUAUCUUUUUCUA